GCGCAAUUGCGUUCAAAACAUAUGAUUUACGUUUUGCAAAUACUUGGUUUUUUAAAUUGUUUUAUGUGAUAUUUGUGUGCCUUUUUUUAUUUUGAAUUUAUUCAUGGAGAAAUACAAAAAAACAUGAGUGAAAAUAAUUCGAAAAACAUUAUAAAUAAUGAAGGAAAAUGUGAAGAUAAAACUAAUUAUAAUAAAGUCAUUACAAACUAUGACAGAGAUGACUAUUCAGGUGAUAAAUCUCCAGAAUUAUUUUCGGAUUAUGAAGAAACUAAUAUAAUAAAUGAAUGUUCACCACAACGAUCAAUGGACGAUUGUUCUUUUCUUAAUUCUUUCAAAACUCCUGUGUUACAUUCGGAUGUUGAAGAAAAUGUAUCUAACUUACCUGUGAUUCCGAAAACACCUGCCAGUCUUGCACCUUUCAUUUACAAAAAUAACGAGCCAUGGACAAGCGAAUUAGAAACUCCAGAUGCAAAAUUAGUUGCAAAAUUACAAACUUCAUCAAAGAGUGGAGAUAAAUGUUGGAAAAAUGUUGACGGAACUUCGAAACGUUCACAAACUCCAAUUUUAGAGAAAAUCCAAACAGAAAACAAUGAAUCUGUUUCUCCUAUUUUGAGUAGUAAUAAAAAAAUGAAACCUAAACGUCAAAUUUUUAAAUCAAAAGUAUUUGAAAAUUUCGAGAUUACACCGAGUUUUGAGAAUAUACUUAAAACUGAAGAAUCGACAUUAAACGUUGAUGUAGUAAAAAAAUCCGAAUCAUUAAUUCAAGACAAUGUUUCUAAUGAUUCCAACGUUAUUUCUACAAUUAAUAAAAAUUCUAGUCCCAAGUGUAUUGAUAAUAAAACGAAAAAGUUACCUACAACUGAAGCCACCACAUCAACAACAAAAUCAUUAUUAGAGAAAUUCAAAGAAGUGAAGAGUAUUCGAGGAAAAGAAGAAAAUUUUGAAAUUGCCGAAAUUAAUAUUUCUGACAAUGUAAUGUUAAAAAAUGUUAUUCAACUUGAACGUGCUUCGAGAGACUUUUCUAAUUCUACAAAGAAAAAUAUAUCAUCAAUAAAUGAAAUAGGACUUGUGCCAUUUUCGCAAUAUUUCAAAGAUGAAAAUGAAAAAUCCUUCAAUAAGAAAAUUAAUGAUAUUUCUGAAAUAAAAGAGAAUACAAUGGAAAAAGAUACUUUAAAAGAAAUUUCUACAACUAAAUCACCAAUUUUGAAAUGUGAAAAACAAAAUUCUACAGAAACACCACAGAAAAAAAAACCAAAAGAAUCAUCAUUUAACGAAGAGGAUAUUGAUUAUUCAGGUUUGAAUUUUAGUCAAUGGUUGUAUAAAAGUGACGAUUCAGAUGAAAACAUAAAAGAUGAGGAGAAAAUCAAUGAAAUUGAAAAUAAAAAAUCCAAAAAUUUAACAGAAAUUAAAACAAACGUAGAAAUUAAACAAAAAUUUGAGGAAACAGAAUUAGAGGACAAAAUGUUAUUUCAAGAAAUGGAUAGUUUUGAUUUUGAACAAAAUUUCAAAGACGAAUUAACACCAAAAGAUUUGAUAAAACAAUCAAAUUUAGAUAUUACUAAAUCGUGUGGAUUUUCCACAGCUAGUGGAAGGAGUAUAAAAAUCAACAAGGAUAAAUUAAAACAAGCUGAGAAAAUGUAUCAAGAAAUUGAAAUAAACCAAAAUUUAAAAUUAAAAACAAAUGAAAGUGAAUUUUCAGAAAUAGCUUCAUCUAGUAAAGAAAAUGAUCUCUCUUUAAAUUUAAAAACAAAUUUUACACCUGGUUUUGCAACAGCACGCGGUAAUAAAAUUGUCAUAUCUCAAGAAAAACUAUCAAAGGCACAAAAAAUAUACAAUGAAAUUGAAUUAAAUUUAUCUGAUAAAGAAACAAUUUCAUCGAGUAAAGAAAAUCAUGUAACUGAUUUGAAUGUAAAUUAUAAUUCUGGUUUUGCAACAGCCGGCGGUAAAAAAAUAACCAUAAGCAAUGAAAAACUUUCAAAUGCACAAAAAAUGUACAGUGAAAUUGAAUUAAAUUCUGCCGAUAAAGAAGCAAUUGAUAAAGAGAAUCAAGUUAAAUUUUCGUCAAAUCAAUCUUUAUUUAAUAAUAAUAAAACACCUUUAAUUAAUACAAAUAUUCAAACAAAAACUGAAUAUUCAAAUGAUAUAAAGCGUAAAAUAAUAGAUGGAAAUACAAAUCACUCGAAACGAUUUAAACCCCUAGCUAUUCCGAGAGAUUCUCCUAUUUUUAAUAGGCAAAAAAAUAUAUCAAAAAUUGAAAAUAACGCCAUUCAAAAGGAAGAAUUUGUUAAAAAUCAGAAAUUUGAAAAUUUCAAUAAAUCUGAUGAUUUAAUAAUAAAAGACGAGAAUUCCAAAUUAAUACCAAGAAAAACUUUCAGUUUACCAAUAAAUUCUGAAAAUAAAAACAAUUUCAAUAUGAAUGAACGAUUAUCAUUACCGACUUCAUUUAAAAAUAAAAUUUCAGAACCAUUAAAUCCAGAAUCUCCACCAUUUCACGGAUUUAGUAUGCAAAGAUUUUCGUCAGCUGUUACAAAAUUAAAUUCCUCACCAUUUUACGGAUUUAGUUUAUCCGAUAUGUCAAAUUCCAAUGUUUUAUGUAUGAAAUUUCAAAUUCUUGUCGAAAAACUAAAAAAUAAUUUAGAAAAUGAAGAAAAUAUUAUCUCAACUAGUGAAAUUUCAAAUAUAAAAAUAAUAAAAGAAAAAGAAAAAAUAUCCACUGGAUUUUCAACAGCUGGUGGUAAAAAAAUAAAAAUAGACUCUAAUUUUAAUGCUAAUUUAUUAUUUAACGAAAUAAAUCAAGAAUUCAUGAAAAUUGUCAACAAUGAAUCAAUAAUUGAUAAUGAUUUUUCAAAAAUAAUAAAUAUUGAUCGAAAAAAUACAAAUAAAAAUAAUGAGAAUUUAAUGAAAAAAGUUGUUAAUUUAAAUUUUAAACAAGAAUUGGAAAAUUCAAAUAAUAGUCAAAUUAAUAAAGAAGUUUAUAAUCGAAAACAACAGUGGAGUAAUAUUUUAAAACGUAGUAUUGAUGAUGUGGACGAUAAUACACCAUUGGGACGAAAUGAUAAUUCAAAAAAACCAAAAUUAAAUUACGAUUUUCAUGGAAAAAAACUCUUCACCGAAGGUUCAAUAAGUGAUGAUGAAAUGGAUUCACUACUGAAUCAACCUGGAUCAAGUUCAUCUAAACGUGAAAAAAAAAUUGACGAUCAUAAUAAUCCGUCAAUAUUAACUGCCGAUCUUAUCAACGAUAGUAUUGUUUCGGAGGAACUUUUUAAACCCUUCACAAAAGAAAUUACAAAUUAUUCAGAAUUAAAUAAUGAUAAAGAAAAAAUGGAAAUUGAAGAAAAGAAUGAUUUUCCCGAUGAAGUACCACGAAGUCCUGUUUUAGGAAAAUCAAAAGUCAAAAGAAGACGAAGAUCAAAAAUGAUUCAACCAAUAAUUAAUGAUAGUGAAAAUUUAAAAAUGGAAAAAUUCAACUCUAUUAAUUCUGAUUGUUCUUUGAGAUUGCAAACUUUGGAUACUGAAUCUUUAAUUUGUAAUUCUGAAAUUUUGGAAAAACGUAUUGCAGCUACUCUCGAACUAGAUAAAAUUAUAUCUAUAAAAAGAAAAGAAAAACCGAAACCAAUGAGGGGGAAUUUUUUGACUAAUAGAGAAGAAUAUAAAAAAUCGAGAAUUUCUUUGUAUAAAUUAGCAAAUGGCUCUGCUCCAAAAUUAAGAAGUGAACAAGAGCUAAAAGAAAGAGGAAUAAAUCCCGAUGUUUUGAAUGUCACAGCUUCCACAGCUGAAUUCUAUAAAUUUCGGAUUGACAUUAUUAAUGAGUCUGCACGAAGAAAUCUUGUUAGUUUAAAAAUUGGAGAUGGUGCAACUUUAGUUCCCAAUGAAAAUGGUUUUGCCGGAGUCGAAGAAUUUGAAACAAGUUUCGAAGCGAGUCCUGGAGUUGAUCCCAGUCUUCUUCCACGAGGAUGGUUGCGAAAUCAUUAUCGAUGGAUCGUUUGGAAAUUAGCUUCGAUGGAUAGAAUUAAACUCGGUUCUUUAGACAUUCCAAGAAUGUUAACGCCAGAUAGAGUGAUGAAGGAUUUAAAAUACAGAUAUGAUCGGGAAAUUGAUAGAUCUCAACGACCUGCAAUUCGAAAAAUAUUGGAAAAAGAUGAUGUGUCAUCAAAAAGAAUGAUACUUUGCAUUUCAACAAUAUCCGAGAGUAUGGACAAUGAAAAAGAUGAGAAGGAUCCAAGAAUUUUAUUAAGAACACCAAGAUGGAAAAUUGAAGUCACAGACGGAUGGUACAGUAUACCUGUAUCAUUCGAUACAGCAAUGAUGAAAAAUAUAAUUGACGGAAAAAUACAAGAGGGAACAAAAAUUAUAACAUAUGGAGCAGAAUUAAACAAUUGUAAUCAAGGCUGUUAUCCAUUGGAGAAACCAGGAAAUAUAUAUUUAACAAUUCACACAAACUCUACUCGACGAGCAAGAUGGGAUGCAAAAUUAGGUUUCCAAAGGAUAUCAGGUCCAAUUAGUUCAAAUUUAAAAGUAAUUGAUCCUAAUGGAGGAUUCAUUGGUCAAAUAAAUGUUAUCGUUUCUCGAAUAUAUCCUAUAAUGUAUCGAGAAAAAACUGCAGAUGGACAAACAAUUUAUCGUAAUGAGAAACAAGAAGAAAAAGCAGCGAUGGCUUAUAAUCACGAGCGCGAAAAAAAAGCGGAAAAACUUUAUGCUGAAGCACAAAAAAAAUUGGAAGGAGCUAAAAACGAUUCAUCUGAAGAAGAUAGUGCUGGAUUUUUGACUAAUUUCGAUUCUUUUCACAAUUUAAGUGAGGCUCAACGGAAUAAAUUGUUGUACAAUCGACAAGUUAAAGUGGAAAAAUUAAAAAUUCAAAUCGAUGAAGAAGUAAAGGCUAGUCAUCCACCGAGAAAUGUUAUUCCAGUACGAAAAAUUCGUAUUGUAGAUGGAGAAAUUUGUGCUAUUUUAACGAUUUGGUCUACAAGUGACGAUGUUAAUAUUUUUAAGGAGGGAAAUUGUUAUUCUAUAUUUAAUGUUAACGCUUAUGGAAGAAGGGAUGGAGAGCUACAUUUAACAGCAAGUAGGCAGGCAAUUUUCAAAUCUAUGCCGAAUUUAAAUAAAAAUUAUCCUUGUCGACAAUUUACAUCAUUGCAAGAGAUUUCUGUGCCUGGUUUUGAACCACCUUAUAGUGAAUUAGACACCGUUGGAGUAGUUUCAUGGAUUGGAAAUACUCCCCAUGGGAUGAAAAAUUUCGACGCCAUAUGUAUUGCUUAUCCAAACGAAGAUUCUUCCUCGACUUAUUUAUUAAUAAUGUUUUGGCAAGGAAUUUCCUCGUAUGGCUUUUCAAGUAUUCUUACCGUUGGCUCCUUAAUUGGCUGUAGUAAUUUGGAAAUUCGAAAAACACGAAGUGCAUCAAACAUUUCUUUAUGUUACUGUUCUGAGAGGACAGUGUUUACGAGGAAUCCCCGACAGGCGCAUUUGUUAAGCGCUUUUGAAUUUUUAAACAAAGAAAUAAAGGAUAUAAAAGCAUAUGCAACAACUUGUGGCGAGGAAAUAUCAACAUUAAUUCAGAAGAAACCAAUUUCACGAAUUUCGGGUCAAGGGAUUAUGAAUUCAGCUGAUCGAAAUUCUGCAAAUAGUCCACAUUUUAUGGUGGCAAAAACUCCCAUUGACGUUGAUACACCAGCAAAAUCGUCUGUUAAUCAAAAACGUUUGGAAAGAUUGGCAAGAUAUGGACAACCACCAGAAUUAUCGCCAAUGGUAUUUAAAAACUCGAGUAGUGUCAGAUCGAGUUUUCGACCACUCUUUGGAACGCCAAAUUCGACAAAAUUAACAAAACCUCGUCCUGAUACAACGUGAUUUCUAAUAAGUAUUGAAAUAUUUUCAUUGUUUGCCUGUUUAUUCAUAUUUAAUUAAUUCUUUAAAUAUGGAGUAGUUUAUUGUUUAAAGGGAAAAUAUUAUUUAAAAGAAAGAUAAAUUUCAAAUUAUAUUAGUUAUGAAAUUCAAUUUCUAUUGAUAAUAUAAACCUGAAAAAAAUUUCAUGUUUGAUUAAUGCACUUUAUUUUUGGAUUAUUGUUUGAGAGAGAAAAAUAUUAUUUAAAAGAAAGAUAAUUUAUUCAAAUUGAAUACAAUCUGUUAAAAUAAUGAAAUUAAGUUUGCUGAAAAAAAAAUUCAUAGUGCUUUUCAUUGUAAUUAUGCUAAGCUAAUAAAUUGUUCAAUCUUUGUAUUUUAAUUUUCAAAAAAUCGACAAUAAUGGAGGAAAAAAAAAUGUGUUGAUUAAAGUAGUUUGGUUAUAUACAUAAUAUUAACUCUUUAUUACUGUUAAAUAUGCAUUAUAUAAAUAUCUUGUAAAAUAAUUUAUUUUCGUUUUAUAAAAUAAAUUCUAAAAUUAUCAACAAUUUCUU